ACAAUAUAAAAGAGAUUUCCUCCGGUGGGAAAUCAAGAGAUCUGAUCAUCCCGCCUCAGUUAAGAUGACAUGGUACGCCACCAACUUCCAGAACAAUGUGGAGAUGGAUACAUCUCACAGGAAAGUCCUGCUGUUCAUGUUGAUACUGCUGCUGUCUCAGCUGGGAUGCAACGCGCAGAGUGUGUCUGAGUGCUGCAGACAACCUGCUCGCUCCUGUCGCCUCCAGGUGCUGCUGUGUCGUUCUGGCAACAAGAGCAUUGGAGGAGCCAUCAAUGGAGAUGCAGCAGCUGGGAUUCUUACCCUGGGUAAACGGAACGAGGAAGAGUUUCCUUUGCAAAGCCGACUCCAUCAGCUUCUUCAUGGCCACAACAACCAAGCAGCUGGGAUACUGACUAUGGGAAGAAGGACUGCAGAGAGAGAUAGGGAGCAAUAA